AUGAAGUUUCCUACAAUCUAUACUCAGUUUGAAACUACAAAAUGUCAAAUCUAUACACCUUUAGAUGGUAUUUUGAAGAAAGGAUCAGUUGUACCAAUUCACUGUGUAAUUCCAAAUGCACUAGAGGUUCGCUUAAAAGUUGAUUCUGAAUGGAUCACAAGUGAAGGUUAUACAAAUCCAAUUUUACAAAGACAACUCAAUGUUGGUUCCAAAGAAAUAACUAUCUAUGCUAAAUAUGAAGAGGGAUUAAGUUAUACGGGUCUCGUGAAAUACACUGUUGAAUGA